CGUGCCUUGGUCCCGUUUGAUAGCUUUGCAGCAUAACUACCUACAUCAAGCAGUGAUUGGAUCAUCAAAUAAAAGGUUGCGGUCUGCAGUCGGAAAGGCCGCACCGUCAGCUACGUUGCCCAAUCCAUCCACCGCAGCUGCCAGCAAGUCGCCGCGCCCGCAUCCUGCACCUACCAGCUAUGCUGUUAAACAGCCAACGCCGGUUCGCCUUAAACCUGCACCCGAACCAGCAAUCACCAUCUCCGACUCGGAGGACACCUCGACCCUCACUACCAAUGCAUGCCGGGAACGGCAACAUGGCGCGCUAGGAUGCUCCACAGCGGACUCCUUGCCGGCACCUGCCGCAACCUCACACCCGCUUCAGGUGGACAGUCGCAUCCGCGGCAGCCCCUGCAACAGCGAUGACAGCUGCCAACUGGUCCAAGAUGUCCCAGCUACGGUGGGAUCCGGAACCUGUACUCCCAGUGCACUCCUGGCGGCUGCGGCCGGCACACCUCGCCUGUCCGCACUGCGAGCGCAACGUCCGCAGCCCAAGCCGACGGAUGUGGUCGCCAGGAUACCGAUCGGUCCCGCCACGCACCUGCUGCCCCUCACUGCGGGCGAUCUGGGUCGGCUGCUGUCGGGCGGCGGCUGGCUUAACGACGAGGUCGUCAACUCCUACAUGCUGCUGCUUAAGAAGCGUCAUGACGAGAUGCCGGCAGCAGCUCCCAGCGGGUCUACGCCGCAAGCAGGGUCAGCAGCGGUGGCAUCACCAGCUGCAGUGGGUGCGGAACCCGCCGCUGCUGCGUCCUCAGGCCAGCAGUCCUCCCGCCCGACCGCGCCGUCCCGCUCCGGACCGGAGGACCGGGCAGCCGCAGCCGGCAGCAGUGGGUCCGUCACCUCUCCACACGGCGUGAAAACAGCCACCCAAGCCGUUACCAGCCCCGCAGGUACCGCCCGUACCGCAAAAACCCUAGCCGCGGCCCCAACGACCUCCGUAACGUCCCCAGGCGCGAGAAGGCGACACGCCUCUGCGCUGAAAACUACGUGUCCUGUGGGCGAUCUACAAGCAACAACAGCCGAGGGAGGCGGGGGCACCACCGCAGCUGCCGCUGGCGCCUGCAAGGCCGCGGCUGCAGGAGGAGCUUCUGCAGCCCCAACAGCUGACGCGCCAUGUGCCGGCGGAGGUACUGCUCCCGGUGCUGCUGCUGCUGCGACUGGAGACAGCGACAACAGCGUGGCCAGUGUGCUGACGUCACUUCGAGCUGUACGGCAGCAGCAGCAUGGAGUCGUAACAGCCAAGCGCCCAUGCAGUAGGAGCCCUGUCGUACAUCACGGCAUCGCAGCUCAGCUUCCGGCCUGUCGUACGGCACCCAUCAUGUGGGCCUUCAACAGCUUCUUCUUCAGCAAACUAACGGCGGGCGGCGUCCGAGGGCGGUUCGAGUACAGCGAGGUACAGCGGUGGACGCGGACCUGCCGUACACGUACGGCGGAGUGCGUACUGCUGCGAGACCUGCUGCUCUUCCCGAUCAACCACCACAACACGCACUGGUGCCUGGCUGCCGUGUGGCCUCGCCGGCGGUUGCUGCAGUACUAUGACAGCCUGGGCGGCAGCGCAGCCACCUCGGACUGGGUGCUCGGCUGCCUGCUGCGGUGGUUCCUGCGGGACGCGGAGGACAAGGGGCUGCAGCAGGUGCUCGGACUGGCGCCGGCGGAGACAGGGGCAGCAGCGGCGGCGGCGGAGGGGCAGGGGAAAAAGGCGGCGGGGAGGGCUGGGCAGAAGCGGGUGGAGGUGGAGGCGGGUGGUGCUGCUGGUUGGAGGAAGGAGCGGGUGACGGGUGGGCUACCGAGGCAGCUGGACGGAUGCAGCUGCGGGGUGUUUGCCUGCGCCUUUGCUGAGCUUCUGGCGCGAGGGGUGGAGCCCCGGGACUUUGCCUUCUCGCAGGCGGACAUCCCUGCAAUGCGACGCGGCAUGGCGGAGCAAAUCCUCCGGGGGGACCUGUGAGCCGGGGAGCGCAGUGUUUGCGACUUUGCAGCGUUGGUCACAGGCCUAGUCGUUGCAAACUGGUGGGACCUGGGUGUUGUAUAGAGAUAAGACAUACACAGUGUAGUUAACAUGUAUAGGGUUUGCCUGGGAAGCAUGCAUGCAUUUUUCGUCGCAGGAGCUGGGCUGCUUUUCUCUGCCAUAGGGGUCAAGGUAGAUAAGGAUGCUGCGCACACUUUCCUUUCGGAAGUUGCGGGAGUGCCGUACUGCGAGGCGUGCAGGGAGUCGUGAGGGACAAGUGGCGAUAGAGUUUGUUGGCCUUGCAGCGGCUGGGCUGUUAAUUAGAUGGGACAGCCAAAGUAAGAGCUAAUGGUAGCUGUUGUACGUUCGGUACGGGCAACAUCCGGUGGUAAUGGGUGGAGAAAUGUGGCCGCGUGUCAUUGUUGCUGAUGUUUGGUCAAAUGUAGUGGUUAUGGGCAAGAGUUCUAAACCCGGACAAAUUGACAGGUGUGCCUCCUUACUAGAACCACGAUGAUGUAUCCGCGCACGG